AUGAAAGUAAUAGUUUUGCUUUGUUUCGCAGUUCUUACUACUGCUGGAGAAGCUAAUUCAAAAGUUCUUUCGACCAAAUCAAACUUCUACCAGGAUGUUAUUCAUGACACUGAAUUAGAGGAGAACUUCGAACAAGUCCUUUUAACCAAUAACAUACUGCAUUAUUUGCUGGAAACCGUAAACUUUUUUACCAAUCAAGGUUUGGAUGCGGUUGAAAAGGUGCGACGAGAUGUUGAUAGUUUACUAGACGAUGUCCUCGGUGAAGCGGAGAAACUAUUGUCACAGUCCAAUCAGGAAAUUAACAGCAACAUCGAUGAAGUGAAACAAAACCUUACCGCAGCAGAAAACCAACUGAGCCAUUGUUUUGCGAAUGUCACCGAACGGCUGGAACAAAUCGCUGGUGAUUCAUUCGCCAAUACCAAGCACUGUUUUGACGAUCUUGUCGCUCGGAUUAAACUAAUACGCAGCAAUGUUAAAGAACACGUUGAUUUUUUCAUUGGUAAAGUUCAUAAUAUUCAACAAAUAGGAGAUGCAUGUGUGGCGGAAAACUCUAAACUUGCUGAGCAAGUGAGAUGUUUACUAGAUCAUAUUACGGAAACCAAUGCAAUCGUGUUGGAAAUAGUGAAAGAUAUAGGAAAGCUAUUAGCGGAAACAACCGAGGAAGCAAUUUCACUAGCCACCGAUACUAAAGGAUGUCUUUUAGAUGUGGUUAAACAAUCCCGCAACGAUUGUGAUAGGCUAGUAAAAGAGGUUCAUCAGUGUUUGCAAGAAAAAUAA